GGCGCAGGCGCAGGCGCGAGUCAUUAUGGCCGCUCGCUUUGGCUCCAUGACCGGCUUGCAGUGCGCUCGCCGGUGGAGUACCGUGCGGCUGGUGGCUGGACGAGACCCUCUAGUUGCCUGUCGGCGAUGGGCGGGCUCCACGGCAGACACCGUGUACGAUGUAGUGGUGUCCGGAGGAGGCCUGGUGGGCACUGCCAUGGCUUGCGCCUUGGGGCAUGAUAUUCACUUUCGUGACAAGAAAAUCCUGUUGCUGGAAGCAGGUCCAAAGAAAGUACUGGAGAAUUUGUCAGAAACUUACAGCAACAGAGUCAGCUCCAUCACCCCUGGUUCUGCAACCCUCCUCAGCAGUUUUGGUGCAUGGGACCACAUCUGCAAUAUGCGGUGCAAAGCCUUCCGUCGGAUGCAGGUGUGGGACUCCUGCUCAGACGCCUUGAUCAUGUUCAACAAGGAUAACUUAGAUGUCAUGGGCUAUAUAGUGGAGAAUGACGUCAUCAUGCAUGCUCUCACCAAACAGCUGGAGGCUGUGGCAGACCGCGUGAGAGUUCUCUACAGGAGCAAAGCUGUUGGUUAUGCCUGGCCUGGCCCAUUUUCCAUGGCAGACUCCAGCCCUUGGGUCCAUAUUACCCUAGGUGAUGGCAGUACCCUCCAGACCAAACUGUUGAUCGGUGCUGACGGACGCAACUCAGGAGUUAGGCAAGCUGCUGGCAUCCGGAAUGUCAGCUGGAACUACGACCAGUCUGCUGUGGUGGCCACUCUGCACUUAUCAGAGGCCACAGAAAACAAUGUAGCCUGGCAGAGAUUUCUCCCGUCUGGGCCUAUUGCUCUACUCCCGCUCUCAGAUACCUUGAGUUCCUUGGUUUGGUCCACAUCACAUGACCAUGCAGCAGAGCUGGUUAGCAUGGAUGAGGAAGAGUUCGUGGAUGCCAUCAACUCUGCCUUUUGGAGUGAUGCUAACCACACAGACUUCGUGGACUCAGCUAGCACCAUGCUGCACUAUGCUGUCGCCCUUCUGAAGCCCACUAGGGUCUCAGCUCGUCAGCUGCCCCCAAGUAUAGCCAAGGUGGAUGCUGAAAGCAGAGCCUUCUUUCCUCUGGGCCUGGGACAUGCUGCUGAAUACGUCCGGCCUCGGGUGGCACUCAUUGGUGACGCAGCCCACAGAGUCCAUCCACUUGCAGGACAAGGAGUUAACAUGGGCUUUGGGGAUAUUUCCAGUUUGGUUCGUCAUCUCAGUACAGCAGCCUUCAAUGGGAAGGACUUAGGAUCUAUGAGCCACCUCACACAGUACGAAACAGACAGACAGCGUCAUAAUACUGUUCUUCUGGCUGCUACUGACCUAUUGAAAAGGCUGUAUUCUACUAGGGCUAUUCCAUUGGUGCUGCUGAGGACGUGGGGCUUACAAGCAACUAAUGCAGUCUCUCCUCUCAAAGAACAGAUUAUGGCCUUUGCCAGCAAAUGAGUGCUCCUCUUCUGGGAUCAUGUUGAUAGCAGAGAGCAUCUAGUCCUGUGAUAUCACAUGCCUUUACAACAUGGUUUAAUAAAUUUACACUAG